AAGCAUGAAGCGCGGCAGAGUCGCUCCGGAGCUGCGCUUUUACUUCAUCUGAUUUCUUUUUUCUUUUUAUAAUAAAAAAACGGCUUUGUUGUUGCUUUUGUUUACUUGUUUGUUUGUUUGUCUGUGAAAGCUCGCGCGGUUCCGAAAAACAAUAAAACGGGAGGGCGCGCGCCACUAAUUUGACCUGCGGGUAUUCGUGAUGGACGGAGGGACGUGUGGGUUUAACGGAGAAAGAGAAAGAGGUAGAGGAAGAGAGGGAGAGGAUCAGGGGUCGGAACCUCAGCACGGCAUGAUCACACUGGAAGAUCUCGAGACUUUAUCUGAUGAUGAUCAGCUCUCUGGUUCGAGUUUUGCGGAGAGGGAGAUGAUGGAGGAUGAAGAGCAGAACAGGAUGCUAUAUUUCUGGCAGGACGCCGCCAGAGGACAUCGAAUAGAAGUGCCGAGAGAUAUGGCAGAACCCAUUCAGCAGCUAACAACCAAUAAUAACGGCACUCAUCAGCGGGAAACGGUUUCAUUCACACUUCUCUCACGUAAAAAAAAGCAGUGUGGGGACCUGCUUUACGAGAAGCGGCGCUACGACAAAGCGCACUGGGCCUGCACCACGGUCGAAGAGGAAACGUACGAACAGAGCAUUGGCUACGGCUUCAUGAAGAUCAUGAGAUACAUUUGCCAGCAGAAUUCUUUAGGAAUUUAUCUGGGCAUGACCAUACCCAUCCUGACGGUGGUGCGAAUAGAGGGGGCUAACGAGAGCUUGUCAAGAGGAGUUACCGUAGCGUACUAUCUUCCCUUAAACCACCAGGCUCGGCCACCACAGCCUCUUGAUCCCGACAUUGUGAUUGAGGAGUGGCCAGACACUAUAGUCUACACCAGGGCCUUCAGUGGUGCUACCAAUGAGUCCACCCUCACAAAUCAAAUCAACACUCUGGCAGAGAUCCUGGAUACUCCCGAGCUGUAUGUCACCAACUCCUUCAUCGUAGCCGGCUACACCAACCCCGCAGCUGCACAUCGCGUCAAUGAGAUAUGGUUCAUUCAAAGACAGUGAAGGGUUUCCUGAGAAAACAUCCUCUGAAACAGGAAGUUCGAAAGGACGGUAUAUUUCUGAAUAAUAACUCGCAGCAGUGUAAAGUUUUUCCGCUCAGCUUAACUUUUUCUUUUUCUUAACUUUAUUCCUCUGUAAAAAAAAAAGUGUUCUUUCUUUAUUAACAAAUUUCCAGUCAGCUCUCACGUUAAUUAAAUUAACAAGUGCGUACA